ACACAACAUCUGUAUAGCCUCCUGUUACUCCAUUUUCCUCUUGCCCUUGGGGUCAACAAUCAUGGCGGCUCUCUCCAACUCCUUGAUCUUUCUGUGCUUCCUCUUGCUGCCUGGGGUCCUGGCUUUUGCAGGUCCCCAUGGAGAAAGUUAUCCAUGUCCAUAUGAUUGUCCACCACAGAAGGAGACUCACCUACACAUGUACUUGCACCAAUUCCCUGCUUGGGCAAAUGUCACAAACCCUAAUGAAGUAGCUUGGCAAGGAUGGGUUGCUGACCACUGGUUGCUAACAAAGGGACCAGAUCCCAAUAACAAUAUAGUCGGGCGCGCGAGAGGCUUCCAUUUGUUAACUGGUGAAACCAGCAAGGACUGGUACAUUUCUCACAUCUACGUAUUCCAGGACAACAGGUUUGCAGGUUCCACAAUUCAAGUUUUAGGGAUGCUUGAUGGUGAGUGGUCAAUUAUUGGUGGCACCCAAGCCUUCUAUAAUGCACGUGGCUACAUAAAAUACAAAGAAAUCCCGAGUACCGUGAGUAGUAUCACUGAUAUUGUACGAGAGCUUGAUGUUCAUAUAUUUACUCCCGACGCUUCAACAGCGGUUAAUGGUGUUGCUGUGUCUAUUUGAAGUGCAACGGGUUACAUCGAAUUGUGCCCUCAGAAAGCAAGUUUUCUGGAGUACCUAUUAAGUUCAUAAUUUGAAGGAAUAAUAUGUUCAAGUGGAAGCUUUCGCAAAGUGGAAUACUUGUAUGUCCCUUUUCCCUUCUUUGGCUACCUCUUUUGAGAUGUUAGUUGCCAACUCGAAUUCAUGUAAUCCGGCGGGGAGCUGAUCGGUACUGUUGUUUGAAGCUAUGCGGUGUCAAUGCACUAGCAGCCUUUCUAUUUCU